AUGUCUCUUGCUCCAAAGAUCGACGAAGUGAAAUGUGUGAUUUCGGAUGUAAACCCUGAUUUAGCGUUUUUCACUUGGCUAAGAGACUCUAUCAGCGAAAACCAUCUCCACAUCCCAUGGUACAAUUUCACUGCAAGGAACCGUACUACUGACCAUCACGGUGGAGUCGGCUUUUAUAUUAAAACAACGUCAAGUUCAAGUCUCUGGACUAUUUACAAGAUCCUGAUUUUGAAACAAUGUGAACAUGGCUGUCAACGACAUGGCUAAGCUUAACCAUCUAGAGACAACUCUAACAUCAAUUGGAGGCAAGAGAGAAUGAUCUGAGGGAUCGAAUCCCUCACACACGACCCUCUUUCCAUGAAAAUUAUUUUCAACUUUUUUUGGUUCUGCGUCAUACUGCGUGGUUAUUUUAAGGACUCCACCUCAUUGGUCUGUUAGAAUGGCGUCAUGUAAUUUUUAACUUGACGGGGAAUUCAUUUCACUGCCGAUCACGCACAGCAAGCGAUGUGAGAUGUGAGCUUGGUUAUUACUUUCGUCGACAAGUUAGAAGAUUUCUACGAGGAAAAAUCUGGCCAAAGUAGCUGCGAACGAGCUAAACGGUCUUGGCUUGCGGAAAUCGCCGGAAAAAGCGGUCAGGUUCCGACAUGACGAAAAUUGUCCAUUGUGGUCUUCGCUAUAACACUAUAUAUUAAACAACCUCGAGUAUACAGUUGUAAGCGACAACUGUCUCUUCCAGGGACGUCCACGCAACGUUUGGAUCUAAACGUGGACACGUAACGAGAAAUACGUUCUAAAUGGGUUCUAACAUGACAGUUUUGGUCGCCAAACAUUUGAAUCUUGGACGCGUUAGACGAAUGUAAUCUAGGCAAGUGCAAUGUAGGCUCGCCGGUCACUAUAAAGACAUGACAGAA